AUGUCGGAUGAAGAACAGAGCCAAGUUCCUGUUGUAAAUAAAGCCAAAGAAGAUGAAGAGUUUGGCUCGUUUUCUGAUGCCUCUUUUGAGGAAUUUGAGGCUGCGCCAGAGCUAGAUGAACCAACGAGAUCGUUCAGUACUCUCUCAAUUGAAGACUUAGAACAAUCGGAUAGUAAGAGUGAUGAAAAAGUUGUCAAGAUUGUGAAUGGUAUACUAGGAGUGCAACCAGAGGACCUAAACAACGCUAUAGAGGAAAAUCGACCGUUUCUUGAUGAAAGGGCUAGGGCAUUGUUAAACCAACUAUCAAGUGAGCCAAAUAAUCUUCAACAGUUGAAUUGGAAACAAAGUAUUAUAAGGAGACAGCUAUUUCUCAAUUUAAGCAUUCCCUUUGAUCUGGAUGAGCUAUAUCCAAGAGAAAGGAAGUUGGGUAUAAGUAAAUCCUACGGUAAAGACUCAUUUUCUGACAGCACGGACAAAUUAGCCACCGACAUACCAUUCGUAGAGGUUAGCCCAGAAAGGGCCAAACAAUUGACCGAGGAAAGUGAUAGUAUUGUGCAGAACAUUGAAAGACGCUUACAAUCCGAACAAUAUUACACUGACGGCCAUUUGUCGGAACAAGAGUUGGAAGAUAUACUGAAAGAAAUGAAAGGUUUUAAUUCACAAUUAAUCGAGCUAUUAUCGGGAUGGAAUCAGGAGCGGUUAGAGUUAUUGAAGGAUCGUGAAAUUUCUGAAGGCUACUUGACUAAUAUAUUGGAUAACACCCAAAAAUUUCGAAGACAAAGCUCUAUCAAACAAAGACAUCUAUAA